CUGACAUAAUAUGCCAUACAUGACAGUAACACACAGCUGAUUUUAUAUUAUACUGCUAAGGAAUUAAAAAUUCAACAAUUUUUUGCGAGGGAUUGUAGUAGUUCUAGUUUUAUAAUUUAUCGCCAUCGUCAUGCAAACCAUGACAACAACAAUAGAACCUUCUGUGUUACCGCCAAAGUUUUCGGCAGGACCAAAGGGUUUAGGAGACCCUGAUGAUAAAUCAUUAAGAAAAGUAGAAACCGAAGUGUUAAUUCCAAAACUCAUGCGAGAAAAAGCGAAAACCGAAAAGUGUAUUUCAGAAGUAGCAGAAUUCAACGCAUGUGUGAAAGAAUCUUCAGUUUUUAUGGUUUUUAAAUGUAGAAAAGAAAAUAAUGUCAUGAAAGCAUGUUUAGGAGAUUGGUAUAAAAAUGAAGAUUUCAUUAAAGAAUGUACAGAGCAAUAUUUAACAGAGAGAAGCGAAUAUAGAAGAACAGGAAACAAAAAACCUGUAAAACGGGCCUAAUUUAAACUUGUUUAUUCAUAUGUUAGCUAUUAGUGUAAGAAAAAUAAAUGUUUUAGUCUUCA